AUGAAUGAAGUAGAGAAACUACCGUCUCGUAAAACUAAUUCCAAAUUUCUUCUAUGGCGUGCGCAGAGAUGCAAAUUUAUAGAACAGGAACUUGAGAAAGUGUGGGAGGAAAUUUCAUUGCAUAAGAAACAGUCUGAACCUGCUGAAGAUGCAAAAAUGCAAGUUUUAAAGGAGCUAGAGUGCACUAAGAGGGUCAUACAAGAAUUGAAACUCAAUCUGGACAGAGUUGAUUGA